AUGUUACACUUUAUUUACACGAGUGAUCCUAAUCCUGUGGUCAAAAAGUAUACCGUCUUCAAAGUUCAUGUAUGUUAAACUGUCGUAGUAUUAUUGAAAAACAUGACUCUUUGAUUGAUAAUUUUUUGGAAUUACAACGGUUUUAUAUGUAAUUUAGAUUUUGGCUUUAAAAUUUAAAUACGAACAAAUUUAGGUAGGGGUGUUAAUGCUCGGAGCUUUGUUUUUUGAGUUUCUGAGUAUCGUGACGGAUAUCAAGGUUUUCCACUUUUGCUACGAUUUGAGUACGAACCCGAUAUCGUCGGAGGUGUCUUUUAAUGAGCUUCUGUAUAUCCACUUUGUCAUUCACUUGUUUGCCAUUCUUUGUGGCUUCUAUGGUUGGUGGAUUUGUACUGGUGCAUACAUUGUACCUGUUCUUUUUUCGUCGUUUGGUACUUUAGUGGCUGGCUUGGUGUUUAUUGGUUACGCUUUCAAAAUGCCGUAAGUUUUACUAAUUGUAAUAUUUUGGACGAGCAAUAAGUAAAAUUGUCUUAGAUUCUAAUAUUUUUUGAGUUAUGUUUAAUUUUUGAUCAUCAUGGUCAGGUAAAACAUAGUUUUACAUUUCUGCGACGUUUUCUGUUUGAUAAUAUAUCAGUUAAUUUUUCAGAAUAGAACUUGUAUUGUACGAACAACCAAUAUACGUGGCCCUGAUGUUACCAUUACGAGUGACCUCCUUGAUGAUAAUUUUCUACUUCAUGAUGUUUGCUCGAGAACUGACUGAUAAUCAAAUCUACGAACAAGAAAUCAUCGAGAAUGACGUUAUAUUUCAACUGGGCAAGCUUCAGAUGAUGCACAACUUCAUCUCGUCACAGCACAUGAUCGAACAUCUGAAUGUUAUUUUAAAGUAA